GCUGCUCGCGCUAACACAGGAGGGGCCCGGGUUUGUUUCCGGGUCAGGGGUGACGGCGCCAUAUUGUCGGGCUCGGAGCGAGCGAGCGGCUGCGAUCGGGAGAUUUUGAACAUUUGCAGCUCAAAAGUCAAUGAUGUGGGACCAAGGUGGUCAGCCUUGGCAGCAGUGGCCUUUAAGCCAGCAACAGUGGAUGCAGUCGUUUCAGCAGCAACAAGAUCCAAGUCAAAUUGAUUGGGCGGCAUUAGCACAGGCAUGGAUUGCACAAAGAGAGGCCUCGGAGGAAUCCGUAACAGCACAACAGCCAGUUAUAAUACCCAAUGGACAGGCAGUACAUAACAUCGAAAAUAAUCAAGACAAUCAUGGAAAUUUUCCAGGAGAUCCUAAUUUCAACAGAAUGUGGGAACAGGAUUGGGGAAUGCAACACCACAGACCACCUCCCCCACCACCAGACCAGCAGCAGUGGAUACCAACCCCAGCCCCCAUGGACAUAGUCCCUCCAUCGGAGGACAGUAGCCAGGACAGUGGUGAGUUUGCACCAGACUCUAGACGUAUGUUCAAUCAAGUCAAUAACAACAAUUUUGGAGGAGCACCAGAAAACUUUGGAAUGGGAUCUGUGCCGGUCAGCCAAUUUGAUUAUCAGCAUGGAGCAGCCUUUGGUCCUCCUGGAGGAUUUCAUCCACCUUAUUGGCAACCUGGGCCACCACCCAAUCGUAGAGACAGGCCCUCUUAUAGAGAUCGCCCACGUUCCCCCAUAACAGUAAAACAAGAACCUCCUGCACUUGAUGCUGUGAAACGGAGAACGCUGCCAGCUUGGAUUCGUGAGGGGCUGGAGAAGAUGGAGCGAGAAAAGCAGAAAAAACUUGAAAAAGAAAGGUUAGAAAAAGAGCGUGCUCAAUCGUCAAAACACAAAAAAGAUCCAGAAGAGGUUCCUGAAGAAACUGAUGGGCCACGAUUGCCUCAUAAAAGUAAAUUUGACAGUGAUGAUGAAGAUGAGGAGUUUGAAACCACUGAAACCAAAAUUAGCGACAAACCAAGUAGGAGUCCCUCGCCAGUUGCUCAGGAAGAACAAAGCGAACCAGAAAUGACUGAAGAAGAAAAAGAAUUUCAGAUGAUGAUAAUGAUGAAGACUUUGCUUACAGAAGUUCUUUUAGAAGUAACAAAUGAAGAAAUCUAUUAUGUUGCCAGAGAUGUUCAUCGUAAAGCUACUAAAGCUCCUGCAAAGCAGCUGGCACAGUCCAGUGCACUGGCUUCUCUAACUGGACUUGGUGGACUGGGCGGGUAUGGCUCUGACAGUGAAGAUGAAAGGAGUGAGAGAGCCUCUGAAUCCUCUGACACAGAUGAUGAAGAACUACAUCGUAGAAUCAGACAAAAGCAGGAUGCCUUUCGACGUAAAGAAAGGGAAUUACAGCUUCUACUACAACAACAACAGGAGAAACAAAUGGAAGAUGCAAAACAUCAACAAGAAGGGAAAUUUUUCAGGGAGGUGGAUAUUAAAGAACAGAAUAAAGAACAUAGUGGCAGUACAGUAAAGCAGGAUGGGAAAGAAAAAGAGUGUGAAACUGUCACUGAAAAGAAAAGAACUCAGAGUGAAACUGACCCCAGCUUAGAAAUGAGUAAAAGUUUGAGUGAGAAAAAUUUGAAGGAAAAACCUUCAAGAAACAGAAGCUCCUCCAGCAGCAGUAGUGGGAGUAGCAGCACCAGUGGCACCACUAGCAGCAGUAGUAGAUCCAGGAGUUCGACUUCCAGCAGCAGUACAGAAAGCAGUAGUAGCUCUUCCUAUUCCUUUUCUCCCAAGAGAAAGAAAAAGUGGAGCCGUAGCAGAUCCCCCUCCCGUAAAACUAGACGGACAAGCAGAAGCCAAAGUUACACUCGCAGGCGCAGAAGCCGUGAUCGACUCAGAAGAAACAGUAGAAAUGGGAGUUGGGAAAGACACAGGCAUCGUAGUGGGUCCCGAAACAGAAGGAGUGGAGAUAGGCAUAGAAGUAGAAGCAAGAGUGAUGUCAAGCGUGUAAGUCGCAGUAGGAGCAAGGAAAGACGUAGGAGUCCUGAAAGGCGUAGAAGUCAUAGCAGAGGGAGGAUAAGACAAAGGGGAAGUAGUAAAGACAGGGAUAGGGAUAGGAAAAAAAAUAGAAAUGGAAGUUCAGAGCGGGUUAAAAAGAGAGAGGAGAAGAAAAGGGAAAAAGAGAAGGAUCAGGACAAAAAGAAAGACAAACCGAGAAAGGAUAAGCAAAAGGAGGAUAAAGACAGCUGUAAGUCCAGCAGUCAAGAUGAGAGUAAGUUGAAGCGGAAGAGGGAGUCAGAACGGACUUAUGCACAUAGUAGCUCCAGUAAACUGCCACAACAAUAUUCCAGGCAGGAUAGCAAGUCCAGCAAGAAAGGAUCUACAAAGGAUGGUAAAAAGUAUUCUGACACCGAAUCUAGUGCAAGGAGCAGCUCACAUUCUCCAGUUAGCAGCAGAGAGAAGAAGGCAAAGAAAUCGAAACGCAGUCGCUCAAGAUCAGUGGAAAAAUCUCAAAGGUCUGGUAAGAAGGCAAGCCGCAAACACAAGUCUAAGUCACGAUCAAGGUCGAGGACACCCAAUAAUCGUAAGCAUUAAGGGGAAAAAAAAAUGUGGCAGCCUUGCCAUGAUCAGAAAUUCCAUGAGUUUUGGAGGCUUGUCUCAUUAUAGAGGCAUACGUGACAACUGUGUAGGUGUUUAUAUAUGUAUAUAGGUGUAAAUUUUUUCCAAGUGCUGUCUAUAGUUCAGUACUUCAGGUUUUAUUUGUAUUGCAUUCUUCUGAGAUUAUUCACACUGUAAAAACAAUUUGCUUUCAGUUGUACCAUUUUAACAUAAAACUUACACUAACUGUAGUUUGCUGUCAAUAAACUUUUCAGAUUGGUUUUGUUAAA